AUGAAAAUAAACAUUUAUGAGUAUGCAAAUUUAUUUUCUAAAUGUGAUGAAAGUAUAAAAAAAGCUGAAAUAAGAAAAAGUUCUUAUACUAAUGAUUGUGAAGGAUACGAAAAGAAAAUUAAUCAAAAUAUUAAAGCACAAUUCAAAGAGAUAUGUCCUCAAACAUUUUCUUAUCUUAAUGAUAUUCAAAUAUAUGCAGUUGAUAAUGAAAAGCUAAAGGAAGCCCAUUGCGUGUAUUUGUAUUAUUGGCUAUAUGAUAGUGAUGGGGAAACUAAGAAUAGUGAUGAUAUUAAAAAACUUUAUGAUGAAUUGAUCAACGCAGAUAAUGAACAUCAGGAUGGACGAUGCAUGAAUUAUAAUGAUAUAAUAAUUACUUAUGAUGAAAAGACAAAGCUCAAAGAUAUAUAUGAUAUGUACACGGAAAUCGAUAAAAUAAAUAGUGAAACUGAUGCAUGUGAGGAUAAUUGUGGUUGCGCCAAAAAUUGUAGUGAAAUAUAUAAAAAUCACAUGGAAACAUGCAAAUAUAACAAAAUCUCCAAUUUCUGUAAUGAAUUAAGAAAUAUAAAAAAAAAAUAUGAUAAAAAAAUGAUAAACGUAGUAUGUGGAUCUGAUAUCCCCAAAACUCUACCUUCCUUUCAAAACUAUAAUAUAACAACGCUUAUAUUAAUUCCAGUUUUUGUAAUUUUAGCAAUAUCUUCCUUUUUAUUUAUCAUGUACAAGUUCACGCCAUAUGGUCCAAGUAUUCGAUGUGCAACUAUGAUGAAAAGAAAACAUUAUAAUAAUAUAGAUAAAGAGAAGAAUAUCCUAGAAUUAUAUGAAACAAACAGUUGUGUUCUUAGAAACCAUAGGUAUCAUAUUUUAUAUAGUUCCAACUAA